AUGGCACAAAGUACUGCUCGUCACGUAAUGAACACGCCGCAGUCCCAACAGGGUCAGAACUUAACACCUGCGGAAACUGAUAACAAACCACGGCAGAAGUCACCGUCAUCACACAUUCUCGCUUCACAACUAGCAUCUGCCGUCAGCACUACUAUGUUUUACCCAAUGGAUACGCUGCGCAUUCGGUACAUGUCACAAGACGGCACCAUUCAGCGACAGCACAAUGGGCAGACGUACCGGUCUAUUUACAGAGCUGUGGGUGUGAUAUGGAAGGAGGAGGGAUUGCGUGCUCUCUUUCGUGGAUGUCACGUUGCGGUAUUGGGGGCUGUUGUAGCGUGGGGCGUGUACAUGUUCGUAUAUCACGCGCUGUGCGACCUGUACAUCCCAACAAGUAACAAAAGAGCGGGGGACGAUUUCUUGUUUCGCACUGUUCUUUCCAGUAUUGCCAGUUGCAGUUGCGCAGUCGUGGGAAACCCUAUUUGGCUCCUAAAAACUCGGAUGCAGAUCGAGGAAAUCGCCUCACGUGAGGCGGCAGUGGCUGGAGCUUCUAUCUUUCGAAACAGCAAAAAUUACACGUCAUUCUUUGGUGGGUUAAGAUACGCUAUUCAAACUGACGGUGUUUUGUCGCUGUGGCGUGGUGUCUCCGCACAGGUCCUGCUAGGUUUACCGAACGCACUUAACUUUCCCGCUUAUGAGGCACUGAAGUCGUUCUGGUUGCAGCGCACUGACCGAGAAACCCUUUACAGUUAUGAGGCGUGCAUUUGUUCAACAGCCAGCAAAACUGCGGUUUCGAUCAUCGGGUAUCCCCUACACGUUGUUAAGACAAGAAUGCAAGAUCAGAGAAGUCGCCGAGGUGAUUUACAAUAUGUUUCGUUUCUGCAGUCAGCCUGGCUCGUGCUGCAGACCCAUGGAUUUGCUGGUUUGUACCGUGGCAUGGUGCCGUCCUUGCUGCACUCAGUCCCACGUCUCGCGCUCACAUUCGUUCUGUACGAGAAGUUAAUGCAGCAGAAUUUUUUUUAG